AUGGGCAUUGAAACGCCAGAGCUUGUGAAGAAGGUGAGUGAGGAAAACCCUCUCCUUCAGAUCCUUAAUAUUCUGCAGGCCCCCGUCUACUUGAAGAUGGACUUCCUCAAUGGCUGCAAAUAUGACCCGACCUUUGACAAGCCAGACCUUCCCGCUUCUGUGUCGCUUGGGGCAAGGUUGAUGUAUGCAUUUUAUGGGAGUGCACCCGUAUUGGAAGUAGGGCACAAUUUGCAAGAUAUUACCCAUGAAGAUGCCAUAUUUCAUAUCGUCAGUAGGUUUCUUUCGGAAAACCAAGGAAAAAAUAUUGUUGUGCCUAUUGUUUGUCAUUUUGACGAGCAUGGUCAGUUCACAACAAGUGAGGUAUCUGGAGGACAGGGGCACUUUGUGGCGAUGCUCCACGAAAUAGGAGGGUUGGUGACUUCUUCUUCUUCCAAGAUGCCAAAGGAGGGGCUCCACGGACGAUAUUUCAUUGUGCCGAUCGUCACCACGGGCACUUCCAAGAGAGAUGCAAACAUAAACAUUGGCAGAGUGAGCACUUACAAGGUCAGGACACUAGCUCUGCCAUCACUCAGCUUUGUGGACACCCAGAAUUUGGCACGGGAGUACUUUGGGCUCAUUGGUGUUGAGAACCAUCUAAUAGAGAAUGAACUGAAGCAGCCAUCCUUACGAAUUGGGCUUGCUGAUACUGGUGGGCUUCCAGGACUUGUUGCAAUGGCAGGUGAAGGGGGAAUAUGUCCAACUGGCAACUACUCCCGUCGCUUGCAGACUAAUGUCACUUCAUACACAGCAAGGAGUGCCAUUGAUUGGUCUGGACGCUGGGCUAUGCUUGUUACGGUGUUUCUGGCAAGGCCGACUGUUGACGAAGAUACGGAAGUUGAUGAUAACUACACAGUUGCGCAGGCUCGAGAUAGUGGAACAGUUUUGUUUUCGGACCAUGAGGUUGGCCUUGCGCCUUCAUUGUUCAGGUCAUUCAACAAGAGACCUGACACUCCUGGCGCUCAGUUCAUCAAUUCUUUGCUCUUGAAGCACAUUUCCAAAAUGGAAGAAUGGACAUGGCAAGACUUCGAGAAAGCUCAUGCACUGUAUCUUAGUGCUGUGAUGGCUGCCUUGAUUCAAGAACAGUUUCGGUUCCAUCCAACUGUCAAACUGGAAAAUCUACUACGAUAUGCCAAACCAGAGCAUUGUGCCCAUUUAGGCCGGGCAUUGGAGCUUCCCAGCGAAUUUGUUUCAAACGGCCUGAAAAUGGAAGAAAAACAAAGUAUCCCUAAAGCAGGGAGCAAACGCAAACGCCACUCAGUUGAUUUAGAGACAAAAGAGAAGCUUGUUGUGGCAUGCGACGGAACGCCAAUCAUUGAUGCCCAUCUUAACCUCAGGUUGACGCGAAAUGAUGAUCAAAAUUGA